AUGGAGGAAGGCGAUGAUGUGCUUUCGCACAUUAACAAGAUUAAGACGCUGGCGGAACAACUCGACGCGGUGGGUGCUCCGGUCAGCGAAGACGACCUGGUGAUCACGCUUCUUGGAAGCUUAAGUGAGUCGUUUGCAUUUCUCAUUACUGCUUUGGAGUCAAGGGCCGACUCGCUGUCGUGGCAACUGGUGACAUCCAGGCUGCUACAUGAAGACAUGAAGCGCAAGGAUCAAUACAGUGAUGGGGUCGCUGCAGGUCAAGCGUUCAUGAUAGGUGAAAAGAAGCGUAGUGGACGGCCACUCAAGAAGACUGGCGCGUGCAACUACUGCGGCAAGAUGGGUCAUUGGAUCGCGGAAUGUACCUCGCGGAUCCAUGACAACGCGGACCGGCAGCGUCCGCAGCGUGCGAAUGUGGCGCACAACCAAGAUGAAAACUUGAACGAUUUCCUGUUUGCAGCUGGAUUGGAGAGCAACGACGACGACAGCGUCAAGAAUCCAGCAUGGCUCAUAGACUCUGGUGCGACGCAGCACAUGUCAUUCUCAAAGCGGUUAAUGACAAACUACAAGAUCAUCGAUCCAGUAAACGUUCAUCUCGCAGACGACGGGGUCGUGCAGGCGAUUGGGACCCGCAACGUAGUGAUGAUGAUGAAGACACCAAGCGGUGCCAAAAAGGGUGUGCUUACGAAUGUGUGGCACAUUCCAAAGCUUUCACGCAAUCUGUUCUCAGUCGGCCGAUUCACCAAGGAUGUUGCUACAGUGACGUUUGAUACGAGCGCCUGUUAUGCAAAUUUCAAGAACCAGAAGUGGAAGAUCGGCGAGCGUGCCGGCAAAGGUCUCUUUAAACUAUGCAUGACACCUGUGCAAGUCGAGAGCGCGAGCAUCGCAAGUGAAUCCAACAAGCCUCAGAUGAGCAAGUCAUACUUGUGGCAUCUGCGUCUUGGUCACAUUGGCCAUCGUGGACUCGGCGCGAUCGUGAAGCAGAAUCUCGGUGUCGGCAUCGACAUUACAUCCGUGGGGAAGUGGGAGCUUUGCAACGGAUGCGCGCUCGGAAAGCAGACGCGAGUGAGUUUUCAGUCAACUACACGUAAACCAGCCAAGGACCUGCUCGACGUCGUGCACUCCGAUGUAUGUGGACCAAUGCAGACUUCGACAUUUUCCAACAAGCGCUAUUUUGUGACGUUCAUCGACGACAAGUCGCGUUUUUGUACUGUGUACCUCAUUCACAGCAAGUCUGAAGUGUUAGACAAAUUCAUGCAGUUCACCAAGUUUGCCGAGACUCAGACCGGUCGUCGCAUCAAGAUGCUCCGCAGCGACAACGGUGGAGAAUAUGUGUCCAACAAGUUCGCCGCGUUCUGUCGCAACAAAGGCAUCAUACAGCAAUUUACGCCGCCGUACACCCCACAACUUAACGGAGUGGCGGAGCGAAUAAACAGGACUCUAGUCGAGAGUGCUGGAUACAUGAUUGAGCAUGCGGGACUAAGCAAGCGCUACUGGGGCGAAGCAGUGUCAACGGCAGCGUUCCUACGCAAUCGAUGUCCAACGCAAGCAAUUGGCCAUGACAAGUCCCCGCACGAGGUAUGGACGAAGACGAAGCCAUUGCUGAAAAACCUGAAAGCCUUUGGAUGUCACGCAUAUGUGCAUGUGCCGAAAGAGAAGAGGUCGAAGCUUGAUGCGCGAUCGACGUUGUGCCGCUUCUUGGUCUACUCAGACCACGAAAAGACGUACCGGUUUGAAGAGAUAUCAAGCAGUCGCAUUCUAGUGAGUCGCGACGCCCAAUUCAUGGAAGACAUGUUCGACAGCGGGAAGUACAUGCAACAAAGUGGCAUCGACCCUAUCGAGUAUCAUAACACUAAUGAAGGCUUCAACGACCGUGACAACGGGGUUGCCAAUGAAUACAUGGAUGCGCCUAUGCCCGAAUCAACAUCGAUCCAUGAGCGGCCACAAUGGCAACAAAUGCGGCGUUCAAGUCAUCAACCGCAGUAUAUGCAGCCGCAGACAGACGAGUUUCUACCGGGGUCGAAAAGACAUGUACGCACACAGUCACUAGAAGCUUUGUCAGAGCCACCAGUGGAAAAACGCUAUGGACGCGGGGCUAGUACAAUGGGAGAAGUGCCGAUGACAUUCUCAUCGGCUAUGGAAUCCAGCGACGCAAGAAAGUGGCGUGAAGCGUGCGAAUCAGAGUUUCAGUCAUUGUGCAAGAACAACACGUGGGAACUCGUGCCGUUACCAAGUGAUCGCAAGGCUAUCAGCAGCAAGUGGGUGUUCAAGGUGAAGGAGACUGUUGAUAGACUCAUCGAGCGAUACAAAGCGCGCCUCGUGGCAAAAGGAUUUUUGCAAAAGUACGGUGUGGACGUCGAGGAGACGUUCGCACCAGUGGCCAAGUUCGCGUCGAUCCGGAUCAUUGUGAGCCUCGCCGCGCAGCACAACCUCGUACUUCACCAGAUGGACGUCAAAACGGCGUUUCUUAACGGUAUGCUUGAAGAAGAGAUCUACAUGAAGCAGCCUGACGGAUUUGUUGAUGCCAAUCAUCCUCACCAUGUGUGCAAGCUCAAGCGUGCGUUGUACGGACUCAAGCAAUCCCCUCGUAUGUGGAACCAGACUAUUGAUGAGUUCAUGCGCAAUAUUGGCUUCACCAAGUGCGAGAUGGAUCGCUGUGUCUACGCCAAGCGUGACGACAAGGUCAUGAUGUUUGUUGUCAUAUACGUCGACGACCUCAUCCUUGCGUGCAACAACAUGGACAUCCUCGCAGCCACCAAACGUGCAUUAAGCGAGCGAUUCGAGAUGUCCGAUCUCGGUGAGCUUAUGUAUUGCCUCGGAAUAGAAGUCGAGCGCGAUAACAAGUCAGGUGAUGUAUCGAUGAAACUGACUAAGUUCUUGCGAUCGAUUCUGAUCAAGUUCGGUAUGCAAGACUCUAAGCCUGUUAAGACACCGCAAGAUCCCGGACUGAAGUUGACUAAGCGCAUGUGCAAACAUGGAUGCAAGCACAACUACACCAUGCAAGGAGUGCCAUACCGAAGUGCCGUCGGAGCCUUGAUGUACCUCAUGGUAGGCACGCGUCCAGACCUCGCAGCUUCAGUGGGAGUGCUCAGCCAGUUUGCUGCUGACCCGUGUCCGACACACUGGCAAGCACUCAAGCGCGUGCUACAGUACCUGCAAGCGACUCCUACACUUGGCAUUCGUUUUAUUGGCGCUGGCAAUGGCAAAUUGCUUGGCUAUUCCGAUUCCGACUGGGCUGGAGAUAUUGAUACUAGACGAAGUACCAGCGGCUACGUAUUUGUGCUAAACAACGGCUGCAUCAGCUGA